UACGCCACUGUGCAUUGAGAACGAAAGCCCAUUUGAACUUCAUUUCCCAGAAACCUGUUGGUGGCGUCGUUUUGACAAGCGCCAGACGCAAAGUCUGUAGCUAACAGAGUUGUAAGCUAACGUUAGGUGUUGUCGGGGGUAGCACCAUGGGUGUAUCAGACUUACAGUUUGAUACAAAAGCUGGACCUGUGAUGGAUCUUUCAGCACAGGACAUGCAAAAGCUGGAUCCCAGUUUCAUGUGUUCUGAGGACACUCACACUCUAAUACUCGAUCGAAACCACAUCAUGAAGCUGGACCACCUGGAGAGGAGUCCAGGCCUUCAGCAGCUGUCUGUGGCCAGUAACCGUCUGGUCAGAAUGAUGGGUGUGGCUCGGCUCACAGAGCUGAGGGUCCUCAAUCUUCCCAAUAACAGCAUUGGCUACAUUGAAGGGCUUAGAGAUCUGCCUUACCUGAAAUGGCUCAAUCUGUCUGGGAACAAUAUUAAGGUCAUUGAGCAACUUAACAACUGUGUCUCACUUCAACACCUGGAUCUGUCUGACAAUAACAUAUCUACCAUUGGGGACCUGACUAAACUGGUGGCUUUAAAGACACUUUUGCUUCAUGGAAACAGUAUUACAACUCUUCGCACUGUUCCUGCUCAACUUCCUGCCCAUUUAUCCAUUCUCUCCCUGGCAGAAAAUGAGAUAAGAGAUCUCAAUGAAGUGUCAUACCUGGCUCCUCUCCAUGAACUGGAGCAACUGUCCAUCAUGAGCAACCCGUGUGUUAUGGCAACCCCCUCAUUGCCAGGAUUUGAUUAUCGGCCAUACAUCAUGAACUGGUGCCUAAACCUCAAGGUCUUGGAUGGCUAUGUGGUGUCACAAAAAGAAGGGCUCAAAGCAGAGUGGUUGUACAGUCAAGGUAAAGGACGCUCAUACCGUCCAGGUCAGCAUGUACAGCUGGUUCAGUACCUUGCCACCGUUUGCCCUCUGACCUCAUCCCCAGCCUUGGAGACAGCAGAAGAUGCCAAGCUGGAGAAGAUACUCAAUAAGCAGAGGCUUCAUCAAAGGCAGCUUUUGGAGGAGACCAGAGAAGGCUGUCCCAGUCUUCCUCGUCCAACUCAACUAAAUGUAGAGAUCCACAGUCCCUCACAUGCAACGCCACAGGGGGGAGCCAGAGAGGUGAAGAACAAGUCCUCAUCUGCUCCAGCUGCUGCUCAGUCAAUCAGAGAAUCAGAGCCAGUAGUGCAGUUCAAUACUUGGGUGAGCUGCGAUUCUUCCCACACUUUAUUGCCAGUAGUUCGCGGCCCAAGGCUUGAAGAUGAGCAUAUCUACUUAGAGGACAUUCAGACAGAUGAGGACAAGCUCAAUGGCAGCAUGCUUUCUUCAGAGUCUACCUUCCUUCCUUUCACAUCUGAUAUGGAGCCACAAAUGACACGGUCUGAUAGCGAGGAUGAGACGGAGACAUUUGAACCUGAUUCCUUGGCUCCAAAGCACCCAACACGAACCACAAAGCACAGCACAGACAAGAAACAUCAUCCACCUCCACUGGACAAGCUAGAGAGGAAAACAUGUGAACAAGAAGUUAUUUCUGGGGAAGCGACAACAACUGGAUCGCAGCAGUUCAGAGUUAGCACACCACAGGGUGACCUGGAAACAUCUUCGGACCUUGAUAAAGCUAAGUUGUCAGAAACCCCUCGGCAGGAAGAAAGUGGUAUCUGCUCCAGCAACUCAAAUAUGAAUGCAGACAGAGCAGCAGUUAAAAUACAGUCCUGGUGGAGGGGUCAGUACACUCGAUGUUUUCACCCCAUGGCUAAAGAGGUGCGCAGUGAAAUCCGUUUGCGCAGGAUGCAGGAACACAUUGUCUUCCUGUCUGACAAGCUGGAAAGUGUGCAGAAGCAGUAUGAGGAAGAGAAAUUACAGCGGCUAGUUCAGGAAGAAGCUGUGAAGUUUCUGUGGAAAGAGCUCCAGUCUAUGCAGCAGUGGAAGCAGUCAGUGGAGAAGCAGCUAACUAACAUCACUCAGGCUGUCACCGCAACUCAGUCCUCAUCUCCUGGAAUAUGCAAGGCAGAACUGACUGCUGCAUCUAGAACAUCAAACCCACACAACAUAGAUGUGUCCUUCCCAGACUCUGGCUUCCCAUCGACUGAUCGUCAGGCACAGGAAGACAGCUUCCUCAGCAGCGGGACAGCAGACUCUCUGAAGACCGUGCGCUCGCUAAGCCCUGUUCAAAGCGGCUUUGCUGUCAGUAGCAAUGAUGUGGACAGUGCAGACUGCAGUCUACUGGAGCAGUACCUUUCCUCAGUGCAGCAGAGGGAGGAAGAGGCUGAGGAGGUGAUCAGUGAUAGAUCAGAAACACCACAGCCCUCACCCAGCAAAACACCACAAUUCAACUCCCCAUUCCAGAAGGCAACAGACAACCAACUAGAAAAAACAGAAGGAAACACUACAGGCCUUGUGUGAGAGUUUAAUAGGCACCUGUACAGAGUCAUUGUUAACUGACAAUGUAUGAAGGUGAUGAGAUGUGGGGUUGAAUUACAUUGAUGCCUGGUGAAACUUUGGGCUUGCAUAAAAACUGCACUUAUCUUGAUCCAGAAUCCAACACGAGCUUAAAACAAUAUGUUCUUGUGAAUGUAACCUUUUUUUAUGCACUCUACUUGGCUCUGUGUUCCUAUUUAUUGAAUACUGGCACAUUUGUGUAAAAACAGUGAUUGUGAUCUACAUUCAGCACACAGUACCUUUUUUAAAUAGUCCAAGCAUAUUCUCUUUAUUGUCACCCACUACCCACUUAUUGAUAAACUGCAAUAAAGCAGAUUUGUUGUGUUAAA